UCGCACAAAAAUGGCGGAUAAGAACGGCGACAAAUCGAAUCUUAUUUUGAAAAUCCUGCUCGCGAUCUUUGUUCUGCUUUCGUUAGCUCUGCUUAUUGCGUUAAUUGUGGUCGCUACCAGAAAUAACAAGGACAGCACUGCAGAAAUCGGAGAUUCAGCUCCUAAUAUUGGAGACUGCCCCGAAACCACGGAGCUGAGUGCACCAUCAAAGGCCUCACAUGGGUGGAGAGAGCUCUACCAAGACUUAUCCAAGGAGGAGAUUAUUGCAGUACGAGACUAUAUCAUCAAGCAACCGUCCCUGAACGUAACAGCCUACGAAAAUGCCAACAUCAACGACAACUAUAUUUACUUGAUCGAGCUGCAACAACCGGUAAAAUCUGAAGCGCUUGCUUACCUUGACACGAACAACGCCCCGAAACCUGCACGGAAGGCUCGAGUGGUUUUGUACAAUGGGGGGAAAGCGAACCCGGACGUGACGGAAUAUCUGGUGAGUCCAGUCGAAAAACCUAGUCAGCACAAAGAAACGAAAGGCCCUGGUCAGAAAUAUCCGAUCCCAUUCAACACGCGAUUCCCAGACCCUAAAGAGUUCGAUUUCAUGGGCAAAUUAAUUCGCAAUUUAACCUCGCACCCUGGCGUCGAUAAACUCCUCAAAGAGAGCACCGACGGUUACUCGAUGUUGGAUUGUGUGAAGCCAAAGUGUUUAACAUGGGGCUCGGCUGCUCCUAGUACGUUCAAGAUAAACGAGCGUAAAACAUGGACUUGGUUGAUGCGGGAUUUGAUUGGAUAUUACAUUCAUCCCGUGGGUUUUGAAAUGCGUCUGGAUACAAGCGGCAACGACUUGUCCCUCUGGAAAGUGGAUAAAAUAUUUUACAACAACGCAACUUAUGACACUGUAGAUGAAUUAGUGAACGCCUUUAAGAGCGGAUCGAAGAUGCCUGUUUUCAAAGCGCCGGAAGAGAACGGAAGAUUCUCAACUUAUGAGCGACGUGGGAACAAAGAACCCGCCAAGCCACUUCGAAAUCCUCAGCUCUACGAGCCCGAUGGCAAGCGGUACACGGUCAGCGGACGUCACAUAGAAUACAUGGGCUGGAGUUUUUGUUUCCGGUCGCGGACCUCCUCCGGUAUCCAACUGUUCGACAUCCGGUUCAAAGGUGACAGGAUUGUCUACGAGCUGAGCGCGCAGGAGGCUGAGGCGUUUUAUUCCGGUUGGGCGCCGAAGCCGAUGUUUACCAAUUUCCUUGAUACCGCUUGGAACAUGGGAUCCAUGAGUUUUGAAUUGCUUCGUGGUGUGGACUGUCCUAACACAGCAACGUUCUUUGAUCUGACACAUUUUAUUGGUGUUAAAGAGCCAGCGGUGUACAAGAACGCGGUCUGCAUUUUUGAACAAGACAUGGGGAUUCCCCUACGACGACAUUAUGACACUGAUUUUCAAGGUAGCUACAACUUCUAUGGUGGGGUCCCUGGGAGCGCAUUAAUCCUUCGAACAGCCUCGACUACAUACAAUUACGAUUACGUUCUCGAUUACAUUUUCUAUCCCAAUGGUGUGUUGGAAGUGAGAACCACAACCAGUGGUUACGCACAAACUACUUUCUACACCCCUGACGAAGACCCCUAUGCAUACCAGAUCCACCCCAAGAUGGCGGGAAGCCUACAUGAUCACAUUUUUAACUACAAAGUCGACAUUGAUGUACGUGGCACUAAAAACUCCCAUCAGACUGUCGAGGUUGGCCUGGAAAACAUCACUAAUCCUUGGUUCCCCGGCGACCGACACGUACAAAAGAUCCUGAAGCGCCGAGUUCGAACAAAUGAGCGCGAUGCAGUGUAUCAUUUCAAUUUUCAGACACCCACUUUGUUAAAUUUCUUUAACAGAGAGGAGAAGAACGCCUUCGGUGUCCAUCGUGGUUAUCGCAUUCAGAUCAGGGACAUGAUGAAGCAGAUGAUCCCCGAGGCAUUUCCCAUGAUAAAGGGCGCGGCUUGGUCCCUGAACCAGAUGACGGUCACGAAGCAAAAGGACUCCGAAGAGAAGAGCUCCUGUAUGUACAAUCAACUAGACAUGGCUGACCCCGUGUUGGACUUCACAAAGUUUUACGCUGAUAACGAAGGCAUCGAAAAUGAAGAUCUGGUCGCUUGGGUCACCAUUGGAAUGAUGCAUGUCAUGCACUCGGAAGAUGUCCCCAAUACAGCAACCCCUGGGAACUCUGCAAGCUUCUACCUGAGGCCCUUCAGCUACUUUGACGAGGAUCCAUCCAUGGGGAUGUAUGACGGAGUCGUCAUCAAGCCCAAGGCUGGUGGUGGCAGUGACAUCGACACUCUGGGAUCUCCAAAGACGCAGUCAACCUGUGCCCCUAAGAAUAAACCCAUUGAGUUUUUUGGCCGUUAUGGAAACUAUUAGAGAACUCCCUCGAAUAGGACAUCUUCAAAGAUUCCAAGGUUUACGCAGAAGGUAUUAAUUUUCUCUGGAUUAGACGGAAAAAUAAUGAAAUAGAAGUGUCUUAGAUUUAGCUGAGGUUAAUAACUUUUAGCGAGUCCUCUAUACAGUAAAACGUGAUUUUCAAAUCAAUAGAAAUGUCUUCGGCUUGACACAACAGUUACAUCUCGCGUUGCGUGACAGCCCAAAAAUAGACACCCAUCUUCAUUCUGUGUAGCAUCAAAGACUCUAUCAACUCUAACAGGCUAAUCUUUUUCCAUAGCUUUGGGCUGUUGAAGGUAGUUUCACAAAUGUUUCAGCAAGUGCUUCAUGAACUGUUAAGGUGUAGUAGUUUGUGAUUGAAAAUUAAAGUCGGCAUUUUCAUCUUA